CUGAUUUGCUAAAACCGAGUUGGUUAUGUUUGUUUAUAUGUUACGUAAAUAAAGCUAUUCGGUAACUAAUUCAGUUCAUUUUUAUUAAUUGAACUUUGGACUUAUGCCGAUUGCUUGUCCAAUCUUACAUUUCUUAACUUUAUUGUUAACAGUGAUCAUAGUUUUCACUUGUGAACAUCAGUCACCUAUUAUAAUAGUGAAUACAUGGCCAUUUUCAAAUGCAACCGAUGCUGGAUGGAAUAUCCUUAGUCCAUCGAAUUCCAAAGUAUGUGGUUCAUCAAUAGAUGCUGUCGUUGCUGCAUGUACAAAUGCAGAAGAUGAUCCAAAUAUUGAAAGUGUCGGUUAUGGCUGUUCACCUGAUGAAAGUGGACACACUUUAUUAGACGCAAUGGUGAUGGAUGGUAAAACAAUGGAGGCUGGUGCGGUAGCAUCAAUGCCUGAUAUUCGACAAGCAUCCCAAGUGGCACGUGAUGUCCUAUUAAGCACCCAACAUACAUUACUAGUUGGGCCACUUGCAGCAGAAUUUGCAAAGUCAAGAGGAUAUAAACCAACUACGUUAGAUACGCCUAAAUCACAUGAUUUAUGGCUAAAAUGGAAAAACAAUAAUUGCCAACCAAAUUUUCGUAAGUCAUCAAAUUGGAUUCCAGAUCCUAAAAUAUCAUGUGGACCAUAUAGACGGAACGUUUCUGAUGUUAAUUUACUUGAAUCGAGUGAUCAACGUGUCAACAAAUUAGAUAUCAAUAAUCAUGAUACAAUUGGUGUGAUUGCUUUGGAUGCUUAUGGUUCAAUGGCUGUCGGUACAUCAACCAGUGGGUCAACAUAUAAAAUCCCUGGACGUGUUGGAGAUUCACCUAUUCCUGGAGCUGGUGGUUACGUCGUGAAUAAUGUAUCCAUAAAGUUUUAUUUUCAUUAAACCUUUUUAAUGGAUUGACUUGUAUCUCUGAUAAAAUCAAUAAUUUUGGUUUAUUAUAAUCGUAUUUUAAUGAAAGAUUGACUCUAUUAACAUAGUUUAGAUCACUGAAUAUUAGGUGUUUAAACUUCGGUGUUUUAUUAAGAACUUAUCUACUUUAUAAUGGUGGAAUGUCCAUUUCUUUGCGGAUGAAAAUCAUCACAAAAAACAGCAUGUUGGUAUAAGCUUUUAUGUCACUGUAAACAGUCAAUAUAACAAUCUUAGAGUUUGAGCGUAAUUUUUCUCUUGAUGAUCGCUAAUAUCUAAUAUACUCUUUUUUUGUUAUUAACGAAUAUUCAGUGUACUGUGAUUUGCUAUAGACUCCAAUAUUUGCGGAAACACUUUGAAACUUAACGGCGUACUUGAUGAAAGCUAAUUAAUCUUUAAGCUUUAAUCGACAUCUGGCCCCAUCCUAAAGCUUAUGUUUGUGAACGAAAUAACUCUUCCUUACGAAUAGAUUUCAAACAGUUUCGUUAGGUAUCUGAGGAUGAAAUGACCGGCACUAUUCAAUCGUAGUCUAGCUAACAUAAGUUUGUUAUUUCAACUGUGAAAAUAUCUAAAUCCAUCUAAUCAACGUCGAAUCGAGAGAACACUCACUUAGUUGACUUAUGAAUAAAGCCUUAGUUGAUGGAAUUUAACAUUAUCAUUACAAACAAGAUAGACAAAUUUUAAUGUAUAAAAAGUCAUAAUAAAAAUCAGUCUUUUAGUUUAUCAACAAAGAAUUACAAAUACAAAAUUGGUUGUAAUAUCUAGUAACUUAUUUACAAGAUGUAUUACAGCUGUCAUAGUUUGUUUGAAGCCUAAUUACUUGAAAAUUCGAUAAACUUUUUAUCCAGUAUGUAUAAUAAUUGUAUUGUAUUUUGAAUUUGUUAAGAUUGGUGGUGCUGUUGCUACUGGUGAUGGAGAUCUUAUGAUGCGCUACCUAUUGAGUUUUCAAGUCGUUGACUACCUUCGUCAAGGAAUUGGUCCAAAUGAAGCUUGUAAAAGAGCUUUGCAAAGCGUGAGAUCGGUAUAGUACUUAUUUACUUCAAUAUGAAGUUUCUACUAAAAUUUAAUGUGAUCAGUCAUUUCUGUAUAAAAUCCCUUUUCAAACGUAUUCAAUAGUCUUAAGAAUUUGCAGGCUUUAAUCAAUUAACUCACUAUAUGAAGUGGUUAUAUUGACGUUUCAACAUAAAUGAUCUUGGUGAUCGUACGUGUCUUAGAUUGUAAUUUUCAGUCAAGUAAUCAUUAUUUUCAUUGUGACUAGGUAAUUUCAAAGAAAAUUGGCAUUUUAGGUAACAAAACUCAGAAUCGACUGUGAUAUUUACCUUAAUCCUGCGAUUCAAUAUUAUUUGGUACUUUUUAUUCCUCAAAAUCGUCCCUUCUUUCCGAAUUUUGUUUUCCAAAGCUGUCUUUUGGACUUAUUACUUGGUCUGUUUUGCUGAUUUUUUGUUAUACUGAUGUCUUACAACAAUUUGCGUGAACCCACACUGAUCCCAAGCCCUAUGUUGAUUUUGACUGAUUGAUUUGUGGUUUCCGAUAACUACAUCUCAACGGCCCCAUUCUAGUACCUUGCGAUUCCCUAAAAGACUAGAUGGAAAUAACGCAAAAAUUUAUGAAUUUGAAUCAUAACUAUGUAAGUUCGACCAUGUACUUUCCCAGUAACACAAGUCAGAGUAGUUGGAGAAGCGAUAUGUGUGGUAUAUAUCUUACUUUUGCCUGUAGUUCCAAGAACAUAACCUCAUCGAAUGAUUCGAUCAACUACCUUGAAAACCGGCGCACAUCUCUAUCAUCUUCCACUCCACAUGAAUGACAUGCUUAGACUUUUUGGAUCAAGCAACUUACAUAUACAUGGCUUACACCUUCAACAAUUGCUUCGCAGAGGUGCACUAUGACCGGAAUAAAUAUCGAGUGAUGUGCUCAUAUUUCUAUUUGAACUCAAAUAUUUUUCCAGGACCAUAUUUAGCAUUAUCUGAAGAAAAGCUGGAGCUUUUUGUAUUCAUUUGGGGAUUGUAUCAGAGAUCAAGUCCUUGGAAAUAAUGGAUAUCUCCAAAUAGGGAAAAUCAAUUAAUAUAGUAAACCACAUCAUUCUCUAUUCCUAAAUCGGGUUAGUUCGAGACCAUCCUUACAAAUUUGAUAGGUACAAAUAAAGGGCAAUCAGUUUAAUAUCAAUGAAUCUCUUCAAUAAAGUUGAAUUGGAAUAAUGAGAUUGAAAAUCUAUGUACCAUUUAGCGUUAUUACCUCGGAUAAUGAUUCUUAAUAGAUAUUAACAGCACAACGUAACUAAGAUGAUUAGGAGUAUUUGAAUUAUAGUAUGUACUAAGAAUCCUAGAAAUAACGUAAUUGGAUCAAGAAGUACUCGAUAAGCACAAACGAAUGUACUGUAUUUAGAAUUCGAAAUCAAGCAUUUGACAAGUACAAAGGAAUUAUUAGUUCAUUCAAACACCACAGGAACGUCGAAUAAAUAGUCUUUGGCAACAAUAUGCUUUUUCAGGGUACAAAUUAAAUUGAACAACGUCAUAGGACCUCUCAACCUACAGAAUCGAAGUCUACUUUCCUGCCCAGUAAAACAAUCAGUAUAAGUCACUGACAAGCUUGCCCGUGUAAUGUAACAUAAAGAUGUAAAAAUAUUUGAUCAGUAUGUUCUUUUUUUUUAAAGUCAGAAUUUCGUCCAGCGUUUUUACGUCAAUGAAUCGCCUAACUUGAAGCAAAAAUCGUAAAUUUGGGGGUGAUGAUUAACAUCGAGAACCAGAACGUAACACACUGAUUACUACCUAGCAUUUAACUUUUUCGAUUAACUAUCACUUUGUUAGUAGAUUAGAAAUAAUAAGUCAUUAUGAACAAUUGCAAAUAAUUACAACAAGAAAUUGUUUCAUUCGUUGUGUGAUUGAAAACAUUAUUAUAUUAAAUAGAUGGAAAUCUAUUCAGUUACGUAAACAUUUAUGGUAAAACUGAUUUAUUCUACUACUGAUAUAUUUACAAAUCCAUGAUACUUAUUUGAUAAUAAUUGAUCCACAUAACUCAAAGUACUGUACUAAAGUUGAAUCAUUUAUAUUGCUUAGCCAAAAAAAUGGUAUGGAGCUUUAGUCGCUCUUACAAGUCAAGGUGAACAUGGAUCAGCUUGCGUAGGAUUCGCUAAUUUCAAGUACAGUGUUCGAGCUUCGUGGAUUGGUAAUCAAACUAAAAUAAUUGCUGUAUCUUGUACUGAAUUAAAUGAAUGAUGAACAAAUAUUUUCACAUGAAUGACUAUUUAAUUGAUUGGCUUAUUUUUUUUUCAAAUCAAUGUAUUUCAAGCUUUCUUUCCCUGUAAUUUGUGAUACAAAGUUACUUUAGAAUAAAAAAAGGGUUUUCUUUUAAUUAAUAAUGGAAGAGGCAAUAGUGACUAUACAAUAUGAAAUGUAACAACAAUGAUUCAUGAAUAAUGCAUCCAAAGGAUUUGUGAGAAAUAAUAAAGUUCUACUAAAAAGACAACUCUUUUUAUCGAAACUGAAAUUAUUAAGAUUAUAAUUCAUUUUGAGACGUACUAAUAAGAACAUCUACCCUAAUUAUUUCUUAAUUCUCAUUUAUCAUUUCUUAUGUAUAAUACAGUCAGUCAUCUACAACAAAGGAUUAUGCACAUAUAUGCAUAGGUCAAAGUUACCAUACAUAACUGCCACAACACGAUGAACACCAAAUAGAUAGAAGUAGUUAUCUCAAUGGUAGUAAUAUAUAAAAGAAAUAUUGCAUAUAAGGAUAAAAUACAGGGAGAAAGAAUUAGUUCGUAGAAAUGAAGGUAUUCAGCAAUUUUCAUUUCACGGUAUAAGGGAAGACAAAGAAUGUAUACACCUAAUUAAUUGUGAUCGAUCCUGAACCAUGUCACCCAGAGUCUCUAACCAUUGGUGAUUAGCAUGCCUGUGUUCUAAAGCCUGACGAAUGGUGAAUAUGUGGUAGAUGGAUCUACUACCAACUCCGCCUGGAGUCCCUCCGGGGGCUACUGCCGGUCCAAAGCCCGGAUAAAGGAGGAGGGUUGGGCAUGGGGUUAGCGUCCCCAUCCC